UAGCAACUUGAUGUUCAUACACGCACCCUCAUGAUACAAAUGAGCCGCGCCUGGUCCCGCCUGGGACUACGGCGCACAAACUACUUCCACCCUGCCACGUCUCCCUCUUCCGUCUUGCGGCGACCCAACUCCACGAAACCCGCGACCCCGAACAACGAUGUAGCAACAUCCAAGACGAUACCCGGGCCGAGCUGGUUGUGGCUGGAGCCUAUAUACACGCCUUUUCGAGCUUACGGGAGAGUUCAACAACGCAGACCCUAUGCGACACAGUUUGUCAGCGCGCUGGUGAUUUACUUCAUCGGUGACAUUGUCGCGCAAAGCAUCAGCUCAGACAGUCCGACGGCCGGUAGUACUGGCGGGUGCAGUGUGGAUAACGCCAAUGGCGAGGAAAAUAUCGGAGGCGUGCUGGCGAACCGAGACUGGGCAAGAACCGGCCGGGCGCUGUUGAUCGGAGGCAUGGCCGCCAUUCCCGGCUAUCGCUGGUUCCUCUGGCUUGGAGAGUCGUUCAACUAUCGCUCCAAGAUUCUGUCCCUCACCACCAAAGUCAUCGUGAACCAAAUCCUCUUCACGCCCAUCUUCAACUCGUACUUCUUUGGCAUGCAGUCUCUGCUUACCGGCUCCACGCUCCCUGAGAUCUGGGAGCGCAUCCAACAUACAGUGCCGGUGAGCUGGGUCAAUAGCUGCAAGAUAUGGCCGGCGGUUACGGCUUUUAGCUUUACGUUUAUCCCGAUCCAGUUUAGGAGCAUCUUUGGAGGUGUCAUUGCGAUCGGCUGGCAGACCUACCUUUCCCUUCUCAACCAGCGCGCUGCAGCGGAGGAGCAGGUGGCACACGAGCAUGCGCACGACGAGUCGAAGGAGUCGAAUUUGUCGCCAAUCGAGUGCCAGGGGGAGAGCGAGGCGAUGGCAUAGUCACCCACUAUUACACAUUGGAGAUAGGCCGGUCCCUUAUCCGCUUAUGGCAUACUUUGGCGUUUGAGAUACAUGGAAUACAUGGGUCAUAGGACUCAAUAUCCCCAGACGCAUCAUUUUGAAAACACAAGCUAGGCCUCGACGGUCACUUUCCUUUGUCGCGCGAACUUAGACGGGGGUGCAUCAUAGACAGGCGUUUAGAAUCGUUUACGGCAAGCCUCGAUCGGGCUGUCCAC